AAUACAAAUUUGCCGGCGCGGCGACAACUGAGCCGGCAUUUUACGAACGAGAUUUCCAAUAGUGUGUUGAUAAAUUGAUAAGUUGGUGAUUGCUUUGUUUGUUAGUUGCUGUUGGUGUUGAACGCGCGCACGCGACUGCUUGUGCAUGUAAAAUAAGAUCGAUCGCAAAUCUGGAUGCAUGCAAUGAGAUGAUAGCCGUCUCAGAGCCGCCACUGGAAUUCGUUCCCCGCGGUCGUCAGGCGGCUGAGGAGCAUCCCGGCCCCUCCGAACCGACGCUGCCCAAAUUUUUACCCGCCGAGCAUUUGCUAUUGCAGCGCCUGCAAAACGUCAACAUCUCGGCCGCCAGCAAGGAGCCCCAAGAGUUUUGGUCCAUACGCGAGAUCUACGACGAUUACGAGGCGAGCUAUGCGCGCGCCCAGCGUCGCCAGCAAUUGAUUGAGCAGACAAAGAAAUGUGGCCCCAAAGCGGCAGCUGCCACCCAGCUGACAUCGCUGCCGCAGCAGCUAUUGCAACCGAUACAGAUGCAUCGCGAGGAUCCCAUGUGCGAUUACUUUGUGAACAACGAGGAGGAGCUGUAUGUGAACAAGAAUACGGUGAUCUGGACGCAGGGCCUGAACGAUGACGAUGAUGGGGUGCAUCGACGCAUGUGCUUCACCUGCGAUACGCCGGUGAAGUUUGCCUGCUUCCUCAAUCGUCGCUUCGUUCGCGGCCGCUUGGCCCAGCUGCGAGCGGCUGUUCAACCGGAUGAGGAUCACUUAACCGCCAUUUGUGUGGUGGAUCAGGAUGCGUUGCGUGUCUAUUGUGAUGAUGGCGAAGAUUUUCUCGCCAAUCUCGAUUUUCCCGUCUCACAUCUGUGGCAAACUGUGCACGGUCUGCUAUUGGAAAAGGAUUCGGGCAAUGCUCUCGUCUCCCACACGGUAUCCAUACCGAUGCCCCGGCUCUUCUCCAUGUCGCAUCCAUUGCACGAGGCGUGUCCCGUUGUGCUUAAGACCAGUCGCAAAGCGACCGGUUAUAUGACCGAACCCGAAUACAGCGUCGUCUUCACCGCCGAAGAUUCGGAUCUGGUGUUGCUGUACGAUGCCAAGUUCUUCAAGCAUUUUGUGGCACGCCUGCGCAAAGUGACGCCUGAGGAGGUCAACAAUGUUAGCCAGCAACAGGAGCUGCUCAGCCAGACGCUGCAAGGACAUCGCGACGGGGCUGCCACCAGUGGCAUCAACAGCUUCAGCUCCACCAAACUGACUGGAGCGACUACCAAGUUGAGCGCCACAUCGUUGCUGGGGCGCAACAAUAAUGGGGCAACGUCUGUUAACAAUUUCUCUCGAUUCGGACUCAGUCAAUCGCAAUCCUUCAGCGGCGUUCUGGGCCAGUCCAAUCGCGCCUUGUUGGGCACACCGCUCAGCCAGCUGCAGAACAGCAUCAGUCAGCAGUCGAUGUCCAUCAAGGAUAUGCGCAAGAUAACCCAUGUCAAGCCGGCAAAGCCCAUUGAGCCGGAGAUGUGCUUGGAGCACAUCUGGACGGAGAAUACCUAUGGCACUCAACGCGAAUUCUGCGAGAUGGCAACGCGAGCGUUCAUCCACACGGAUCUGGUUGGGCAGACGUAUCUGUGCUAUCUGCUUGCCCGCUCCUGCCGCCUGCAGCUGGUGCUGCUCAAUGGCUACGACACGGAUGAGCCGCUGCAGCUGUCCACUUUGGCUGCGACGCUGAAUGCAAAGGAUGCCGUCGGAUUGCCACGAUUGCAUAUGAUAGCCGUAUUGGAUCCGGGCGGCAGUUUGAUACUCUACACGGGCACUGUGCUCAUCUCCAAGGUGCAUAUAACGCCCCUGCUCACACGAACGACGCCCGCUGUCCAUGUUCAACUGGCCACACCACCACCACCACCUCCACCGGCUGUGCCAGUGCCAGUGCCAACGACGACUGCCACGCCCACAGCGACAGGAACAGCCGGAUCGCAUCUAAAGAGCACCACAACAACAAGCAGCUCAUUUGGGGAGGUGCGUCGCAGCAGUCUGCUGCCAACGAUAAUUGACGCCGAUUUCAAUGCGUUCGACGAGGAGCUGCACAUGUUGUCACCGAUUGCGCCGCAACCGAUCUCCUAUACGCAACGGCAGGCGCAUAACGUGUGCAAGGCGCUCCGUGAUCCGGCCGGGAAUCGCUUGACCCUCGUCUAUGCGACGGGACGCAUGCUGCGCAUCUCGUUGCCGCUGCUCAACGAUACACGCUUGAUAACACGCUGUGUGGCCGUGUUGCGGCAGGUGUUGAAUCCCGGACAGUUUCUGCACUUUAUCAUACGCUGGUAUAGCGCACGGAAUCCGCCCGGUUCGAGGGACUACAGCAUCGAACAGGAGUGGCAGCUGUUUCGUAGCACGCUGCUCAGCCUGAUGGGUUGCAUGGCGGGCACGGCAACAGCGGCCACAGCGGCGACAACAACAACAGCAGCAGCAGCGACCCCAUCAUCAUCCGCUGAAAUGAGCAACGAAUUGGGUGGAGACGCCUCCGUCACUGCAUCGGCCACAGCGUCUGCCUCCGCCUCCGCUGCCUAUGUGGUGGAUGGUUGCUCGACGCCGCCGCUGCAGCCGCAGCAGCAACAUGAGUUGGGCUUUCAGGAUGAUGAGCCGCUGAAGCGACGCAAGUACAACGAUUGUGAGUCGUACACCGAUGAGGAUUGGGAAUUCCUGCUGCUGCAAACAACGCUCACAUCCUGUCUGCACGACUCACCGCACAUGUACAGCGUGGAUGUGACGGCGCCGCUCUUCUGCUCCCUGCCAGCCAUAUUCUAUGGCCUCCAUUUGCUGUACGAGGAUCUCAAGCUCGACACUAUCUUCCAGAGCGGCCUCAACUACCUGGCAACGUUCCUGCAUCAGCUGGCCAUCGAUAUGCAGUUGGACAGCUAUAUUUUGCACUAUCAUCUGGACUUUCCGGAGCUGACACAAAAGACAACGAAGCUGACAAUGCUGAGCGAGGAGCAUGGCGCCCAAAUGUUGUACCAGGAACUGUUGCGGAUGCCGGCGCCCAGCAUCUAUGCGCAGCUGGAGCAUGUGCUGCGCGGCAGGGAGGAGGUGGCACCCUACAGCUAUGUGGAGUGCAUCAAUGAGCGCAGCCGGAAUGUGGUUCAGCUCAUCUCGCUGGUGAUGCAUGGCCACCACAAGCUGAAGCACUGGUGGCAUCUAUUGGAGCACUUUGGCGCCGUCCAGUCCAACUAUCCGAAGCGACCCAAGCGCAGCAUCUCAGCGGAUGUGCCGCGUUGCCAUCAGGUGAUCGAGCUGCUGCUGUGCAUGCAAAUGACGCGACGGGAUAUUACCCGCCUGCCGGCUGCAGUGCAUCUGGUGCUGGCGGAGGCGCUCGAACGGGCACGUCUGACGCCGCCCGUCGGCAGCAGUUGGGCUGCCUAUGAAUUGAUUUUGCGGCCCGAGUUGGCGGCACACGCACAACUGCCAUUCCUGGAGACGACCAUUGGGCAGCCGCACUGCGGGCGUGUGUACAAGGAGGAUUCGCUGUCGCCACGCCUGGCGCCGAGCAGCGGUGAAUUGCCGAUGCCCGAACCGGAUGCGGAUCAUUUGCGACACGAUGGCAUGGAUAAUAUGGAUACGAAACUGUUGCGUCUACGCUUCCCAGACGAUAUGCGCGUGGAGGAGGUGCGUCGCCUGCUGAACAGCGCCGAUCCGGUAUCGAUUGAGGUGCAACAGUCGCCGGGCACCAGCGAUCACGAGUUCAUCGAGGAGCAGGAGAAACAAUUGUUUGCCUACUGUGCACGCACCAUGACCUUGCCACUGGGCAGGGGCAUGUUCACGUUGCGCACACUGCUGCCUCGUCCCAGCGAUAAUAUGCCCAUGCCCAAGCUAUGCCUGGCCGGACGUGAGCCCGUCAAGGGCACCACCAUUGAGAUGCAACAGAUCGAGUUUCCGGCCAAUAUGCAUCAGUGGCCAUCGUUUCACAAUGGUGUCGCCACCGGCCUAAAGAUAUCGCCGCAAGCGCAGGACAUCGAUUCCACGUGGAUUGUGUACAACAAACCGAAAACGCAGGCCAACAAUGGCCUGGAACAUGCCGGCUUCCUCAUGGCCCUGGGACUGAAUGGGCAUCUGCGCUCGCUCUCCUUCAUGAGCAUCUUCAAGUAUUUGGUCAAGUGUGAUGAGAUGACCAGCGUUGGCCUGUUACUGGGCAUUUCGGCUGCCCAUCGCGGCACCAUGGACACGAAGACAACGAAGUUGUUGAGUGUCCAUCUCGAGGCACUGUUGCCGGCCACCGCCAUGGAGCUGGACAUACCGCAGAGCACACAAGUGGCCGCCCUCAUGGGCAUUGGUUUGUUGUAUCAGGGAUCGGCGAAGCGGCACAUUGCCGAGGUGCUGCUGCAGGAGAUUGGCCGGCCGCCGGGCCCCGAAAUGGAGAACAGUGUCGAGCGGGAAUCGUAUGCGAUGACGGCGGGCUUGGCACUGGGCCUUGUCACGCUCGGACAGGGUGAAUCGCCGGCGGGAUUGCGUGAUCUCCAAUUGCCCGAUACGCUGCAUUAUUAUAUGGUUGGCGGUGUCAAGCGACCGAUUGGUGGCUCCCAGAAGGAGAAAUAUCGCCUGGCCUCGUUCCAAGUGCGCGAGGGCGACAACGUCAACAUCGAUGUGACCGCACCGGGCGCCACUCUGGCGCUUGGACUGAUGUUCUUCGAUUCGGGCAAUGAGGCGAUUGCCGAGUGGAUGCGACCGCCCGACUCACGCUAUCUGCUCGACAUGGUCCGACCCGAUUUCCUGCUGCUGCGCACCAUUGCACGCGGCCUAAUCCUGUGGCAGCAGGUGCAGCCGGAUAACGAUUGGUUCCAGGCCCAAUUUCCGCACAGUCUGCGACCCCAUCUCCGAUUGCCGUCGCGCGAGGAGCAGACGCCCGAGGACAGCGAUGUCGACUACGAGGCCAUCACCCAGGCGUAUUGCAACAUUUUGGCUGGUGCCGCAUUCUGCAUUGGCUUGAAAUAUGCCGGCACUGAGAAUCCAUUGGCAUUUGCCACACUGCGUGCGGUCAUCAAGGAGUUCCUCGGCUUUCCGGGCACACCGAUGGGCGAGUGUGCCGGCCGCACCACAAUCGAGAGCUGCCUGAUGGUGUUGCUCAUCUCGAUAUCGCUGGUCUUUGCCGGCUCCGGCAAUUGCGAGAUAUUGCGUAUCAUUCGCUAUCUGCGCUCCCGCGUCGGACCACAAUAUCCGCACAUUACGUACGGCUCCCACAUGGCAAUACAUAUGUCGCUGGGCCUGCUCUUCCUCGGCGCUGGCCGCUACACCAUCGCCAAGACACCCGAAUCGAUAGCGGCGCUCGUCUGCGCCUUCUUUCCCAAGUUUCCCAUUCACAGCAACGACAAUCGUUACCAUCUGCAGGCACUGCGUCAUCUGUAUGUGCUGGCUGUGGAGCCGCGUCUGUUUCUGCCGCGCGACAUCGACACGCAUCAGUUGUGUUUGUGCAACAUUUCGGUGCUGGAGGUGGGCGCCAAUGUGAUGCGUCGCCUGCCUAUCGCACCGUGCAUCCUGCCCGAGCUGAGCACCCUCGAACAGGUCAUUGUCGAUGACGAGAACUAUUGGCCGGUUUGCUUUGAGCGUUCGCGCAACUGGCAUCAACUGGAGAAGGCACUGGAGCUGUGCGCUCCAAUCGAUAUUAAGAAGCGCACCGGUUGCCUAUCCCAUCUGGAGGAUCCGGAUCGAUUGAAGAGCAUGCUCGCCCAAACCCUAACCAUGGAGCAGAGCAUCUGCUGGCAGGUGGAUGUCAAUGAUCUGCAACAGUUUGCCAGCGAGCGACUGGUCAAACCGUUUCUCAAUCGAUUUCUGGACACCAAGGGCACCUCGCUCAGCUAUGUGGAGCUGAGCAAGCGGCAUCAGUUGAUGUUGCUCUUCUACAAUGCUGUGGUCAAUGAUCGAAUGCAUCUGCUGCCAGUGUAUUUAACGCUGUUCGAUCACGUCACCAAGAAGAUGGCCAACAACAAUGAUGUGUGGCAGGUGAAGCUGCUCGAUGCGUAUUUGUGUGGCAGCCGUAUUGUGGGGCAGCCAAUCGAGGAGCAUAGCCUAAUCUCUGUGGAUCUCAUACAGAUGAUGCAGGAGAUGUUCAAGCUGCAGGUGGAGGACUGGACGAGUGAACAGUGCCUGGCAUUGCGCGAAUAUCUCAGCCAGAAGCGACUCGAGCCCAGUUUUGUGGGCAGCAUCAGUGCGCAGGAUUUGCAGCGUGUCUUCUGCAUCAUCAACUAUUUCAAUCUGAUGCCGAAUCUGUUGAGUAACGUUGACCUGAGCGCCGGUCCCGUCAACUAUUUGCGCAUCAUGCUCGAGUUCAACAAGUUGCAGCUGAGUCCGCACACCAUUUUCGGACUACUCAAAAUCUUUCAGGCGCUGGCCAGCAUCUGUGACUCCGAGGAUGGUGAUGGUGAUGGUGAUGAUGUUGAUGAUGCUGAUGCUAAAAAGGAGGAGGACGAGGACGAGGACGAAUCUGUUUGAAUCUGUUAUCGCUGCGCUGCUCUCUACAGCCGUUAUCGAUUAUGUUAUCGUUUUACAUACAGCAGCAAUUGCGCAUUUAUCGUUGCUGCAACUGAAAACUGCCUUGCAACACUGAGAUUUACCAAUUAGAAAUCU